CACAGAGCAUCUUUGUUUAUAGAGAAAGUAGAAACUAUAAAUUGAAAGUACAUAUAGGUUAAUUAUAUACUUAUUAAAACUAUUAUAUAUUAUAAACGAGACCAGUUUUCAUGCACCAAAUCAUUCUACACUUGUGUUGCGCAUACUCAAUGAUGAUUUGGACAGUCAUUCCCGAAAUAUAAAUAUCACAAACCUGCCACCGUGUAAAGUGUAAACAGUUCAUCCGGAUUCCCACCUCGAAAUCAAAAUGAAAAUUACCGUGACCACGCUUAAAGACGACAUCUUUAUUCUGGAUGUUUCUGAAGAUCUGGAACUAGAAAACUUUAAGGCUUUUUGCGAAAUUGAAUCUGGAUUUCCAGCGAAAGAAAUCAACCUAAAUUUUAAUGGAAAACCUUUACUUGACGACAAGAAGUCGCUCAAAGAACUUGGCGUGAAUGAUGGAGACAUUAUGAUUUUAAUUCAUCUGGUACAAUCGGCUUCUAAUUUAAAUAAUCGAGAUGCCAACCAAGCUAUCCCAUCAAAUUUGCCAAAUCUAGACUUCAGUAGCAUCAGAAUCCCAUCCGGUGCUGGCACAUCAAUGGCUUCAAGAGCAACGCCUGUAGAAGAGGACCCUCGGGUUAUAAGAGAAAUGUUCUUGGCAAACCCAAAUGAAAUUGCCUUACUCAAACAAAACAACCCUGCUUUAGCUGAUGCUCUCUUGAGUGGAAAUCUUGACACAUUUGCUUCUGUUCUGCGUGAACAAAUAGCGGCAAGGACAGAACGGCAACAACAACGAAUUAGAAUGAUGAACUCAGAUCCAUUUGAUACUGAAGCUCAACGGAUGAUUGCUGAAGAGAUAAGGCAAAAAAACAUAGAAGCAAAUAUGGAAGCGGCCAUGGAAUAUAAUCCAGAGACAUUUGGAACAGUUGUCAUGUUGUAUAUCAAUUGCCAUGUAAAUGGAUUCCCAGUAAAAGCUUUCAUUGAUUCUGGCGCACAAACUACAAUAAUGUCCUCUGCUUGUGCUGAACGAUGCAAUAUAAUACGUCUUGUUGACACAAGAUGGGCUGGCAUAGCAAAAGGUGUUGGUGUCCAAAGAAUUAUAGGACGUAUCCACAUGGUCCAAAUGAGAAUUGAAAAAGACUUCCUGACUACAUCGUUUUCUGUAUUAGAAGAACAGCCAAUGGAUAUGCUCCUUGGACUCGAUAUGCUUAAGCGGCAUCAGUGUAAUAUAGAUUUGAAGAGAAAUGUACUUGUUAUUGGUACGACUGGUACGGAAACGCCGUUCCUGUCUGAAUCCGAACUACCAGAGUGUGCGCAACUGGUUUCUGAAGACGAAAUUGUCAACCAAUCAUGUCGCGAUCAACAGGACCGCGAAAGAAAGGAGGCAGCUGAGAAAUCCAAACAAGAAGCAAAACAAAUCCAAAGAUCGACUUCUAGUAGUUCGCCAUCAACAAGUCCAAGAGUUGGUCUGAGUGACCCAAGUCAAACGAUCCUACCCACAGACACAUUUCGCGAGACUGAUGUUGAGGAAAUAGUCAACCUCGGUUUUACUAGACAGCAGGUUAUAGUAGAACUUCGUCGAUUCAACGGAGACAAAACACAAGCUACUGUGGCACUGUUCGCUAAGUCUCUGAAAUUUUGACCGACGUCACUUAAUGAAAUGAAAAACAUAAUUAAGACUUAUUUUAAAAGGCUUCAGAAAGCUGUGGUGUGUCCUCUAAUUACUAUUAGAAAAUAUUGUUUAAUGCCUUUAAACUCACUGUCUUGGUUAGUUUACUUGGUAUUUGGCCGGGGAUAAAGUUUAUAGAUCUGCUGAUCUAUAUCUAUAUAUAGUAUAUACAUACAUAUAUAUAUAUUCAUGCAUAUAUAUAUAUAUGUGUAUAUAUAUAUAUAUAUUAUAUUCAUAUAUAUCAAUAUUUUUUUUAUUUUUUACAAGGGCUUGUAUUACAAACUUAUUUUAGAUAUUUUUAUCGCCCCGUCACAUAAUCACCGGGACGCUUGAUUUAUGUUGAGGUAAUACUAAAAAAUAUUUCCCCGAUUUUUUAAAAGAAUAGAUUUAUUCAUAAUUGUAUAGAAACGAGAAAUUAGAUAUCAAAAUAUUUGAGUUUUAGUGUUCGUAGGUUUUGGGUAUGCAUAAGGCAUAAGGAUUUUAAAGUCAAAAAAUGCAUGACUUAGUAUAUAAGUUUAUAUGUUUUAUUUCUUUUGAAAAUAUCAAGUCUCACAUAAGCAUGGUAUUUAGUUAAGUUUUAUAAUGCUAAAAAAUUUGGCUGUCUUCGUAGCCCACAUAUUGUUUAUACCUUAAAUAAUAUCCUAGGUUGUUUUAGUUUUCACAGUGACCAAAAACAAUUAACUAACAUUGUUAGUUCAGUACUGUGCAAAGUAAUACCACUAGCUUAAGUUACUAUACCUAAAAACAGGUUUGUUUUUUAAAGUUCAUAUUAUUUUAAAAUUUUAUCAAUAUAUAAAAAAGUGAUUUUUAUCACUAUAACCUCAUAGUAACAAUAACAACACUGAUUAAUGUUGUCAAGACUAAUUUUAAUAAAUAUUUUGUUCAGC